ACGCCUUAAUAGAGAAACUCAGCAGACGAGAGAAAGAGUGAGUGAGUGCGACUCGAAGUAUAGGAGAGUAGACUCCCGCUGAGCAUUGUUUUAUGCUAGAGGAAAAAAGUGAUCGUGUUGGAGUUCGACCUUCGCGUAUUCGAGUUUGACCUCGUGAUGUCGCAUGAGUGAAGAAAGGUUCUAACUGGCUCAUCGUCGCUUCUGUGAUCUCCAACGCACAAUCGGACCAUCAUGCCCCUUUGCCGCCCCCCAAUUUCACUCCUCUCUCCUCUCGCGAUAUUUUCCUUUAAGUCAGUGUUUAUAUGCAUGAUGAAAUUUUUCAUCACUCUCUAGCUAAGUACUUCGCUUCCUAUGUGUCAAUCCCUUCGAUAAUCUUCCUCCUCGUCAUUAUCGCCAUCAACCCUGCCAGCUGCUAUGUGAGUAACUCCUUUACAUGCUUCGUUGAAUGUUGAUUUGUGUAGUUGCAGUACUAUCUCCACCUCGAUGAAUUGAAAAUCAAAAAUUCUUUUCCUGCCAAAAUCCAAAACAUCUCGUAGUUGCAGCUCCUUGGGAGUGGGGGUGUAUAAGUUGAUGACAAUUCUUCAUGAGUUGUUCUUUACGACACGUGACGUCUACUCUUGAAGUUGAACAAACGUCGUGGUCUACUCUUGAACUCUUUGAUCUUUGGUGUGUGUAAUCGUCAUACUUAUCUGUUUGUACUUGUACCUGUAGUACGUAGUAUUAUCUAUACAAGAGAACAAGUAGGUGCAGGCGCUACAACUGCUGAUUCUAUCAACAUCAACCAUGAGCACGACGACGACAACAUAGAAGAGCACUACUACUACAACAUUCAUAUUGAAGACCACCGCUACAUCAAGAACACACCGAUUCCAAGAAUAAGUGAGAUUGACUCCUCUAAUACUUCCGAGAACACUGACGACCAACUUUGUUCUGCAUAGUGCCAGCCAGUAGAUAUUGGCCCUGUAUAUAGUUAGAAUAGACACAGCUAGAUAUAUAUAAUUGGCCCUGUAUAUAAGUAGACAUAGUUGUAGAAGAUCUAGACAACAUCUAAGAGUGGCUUAAUCUUCAAGAACUACAAGAGGAAAAAGAUGAGGGAGAUUCACCCCUACGCGCGAUCACCGCCUGAGGGCGUGUUGUCAGGCGUCGAGGAUAACGUGGAUUACAAGGAAGGUCUCGCAGAACUACCAAAUCAAGAAUCGUACCUCGACAUCCAGCCGGUCCCGGGGGAAGAAGCUGCCGAGGAUGUUUCCCCGGGAGGCUCGGAUCCUCGUGGCAACACUGGAAAGUCCUCUGGUUCAUCGGGAGAAAGCGGUGGUGGUGCUGGAGAUGAAAAUUAUGAACAAGUUGGAAAUUCAGACUGAGUCUGAGACUGACUACCUUGUUGAUAGAUAAUAAUGACUUCUACUAACUAACAAAGAUGAAAGAAGAUACUUGUACUUCCCCUGCCUUAAUAUUAUUUGGCACAAUCAUGUCCCUAACCUCAUGCUUUUCAUCGGAUUCCAAGAACUUGGCACUAUGUACAGAUCCAGCAGGUCAACAAGCAAGGAAAUACGAAAACGAAGUUCUUGUAGAAUACUUAAGUAAUUCUAAUUUCAUAUCCACCUCAUACAUUCAUUCAUACUCAUAGCCAUGAUAGGGGUCUCCACGUCGGACAAGAGUUUUUUUUCAUCCUGCUGUCGUCUAGACGCUGAUGAAGUAGAGAGGGUCUUCUAGGUCUAGAUUCUUAGAAGAUCUUCAUGAUCUUUUUACUUUUAGGCAAAGAUCAUAAUGGAUGAAACCUAAUCGUGCUGCCCCCCGCUGUGAAUUCUUCUAAUGACAUGGCCUUCCUCCUCGGCCGCCGGUGACGAAGCUUUCGGCGCAGUUGCCUCGAAGAAUUGAGCACUAAGAGACUAAUCUAUCAGAAAGAGUAGUGUAAGCACAAUCGAAGUGGUCAGAGGCAAGGACAUUAUAUAUAAGAUAAUGCAGAAAUGAUAAGUGAACAGCCCAACGCCGCCUGAACCAUCGAACCUACCUUAGCGAAAUGGGUUCAGUGGGACAACUACACAAGUCUCAACUAUUUAAACUUUCUAGACAUGUGGACUAAUAGAAUAGUUCAGAACUUCUAUUACAUUAGUCCACAUCCACAUGUCUAGAAGAAAAAGGAAGAGUCCACAUGUCUAGAACUUCUUUCCCAAGAAGAAUCCAUAUAUUUCCCACAUGUCUAGAAUCCAUAUUACAUACUUACAUACUUUCUAAGAAAAAGGAAUGAUGAAAAUGAUCCGUGGGACACUGUAUAAAGAUUUCAAGGCGACGAAUACGCAGAAGUUCGGCGAAUGGCUUCGGGAUUUGGACAACUUGCGUCCGUUAGAGGAAAUGACGAUUUAUGACAGGAAAAUGAUGAAGAUGAUAGUGAUACUGAUGAAAUAAAUUGGAAUUUUUCGAUUUCGACAUUAAUUAUUUUCCACCAGCAGUUCUUGAGCAAGAAGAAGAGUGUUUUUGCACGAUUAUGAGGUUUAUAAUAAAGGCAUGCUGUAUGUACGGUUUGGGAGAUUCUUUAGGGCGGCUUUGGCCGUCCUCUGCAAGAAUUUGAGCGGCAGAGUAAGAAUAUUUGAAACAUAUUUAUUAUUUAUUCCAAACUUUGUUGUUGUGGAAGCAAGUAGAUCCCCUUUCCCCAGGCGAUCAGGAGCAGAAGGGCCCUGCUAGUUGUUCUAUCACCGUACGACUAGAAGGCAACUCCGACUACUACCACUCAUUUGUCUACGACGUAUGUAAUCCGGAACUACUGCUCUAAAAGAAUGGGAAAAUGCGUGGCGAUCUUGCGCCCGCGGUCGAUAUUUUUUUCGGCAGCUCGAUUUUUCAACCUUAUGAAAACGCUGUGCCGAAUCUCUAGUACUUGACCCAAGAUCUGUCGCUUAGACCUGGUGCGUUUCCAAAACUACUCAUCCAUCUCUUAUUAUUUACAUUUGCAUUACACAUCUCUAUAUUAACAACAUAAUGAUUCUCUUUCUCUGUAUCUACUUAUGUUUAGUGCCCUAUGGAUCAUCGCCCUUUAGGCCUUACUGCGAAGUAGGGCAGUAGUGAAGUGGUCGUGCUCUUGAGCAGUAUCAACUUAAUAAGAGAGAAUUCUUUGGUCAUCUUCUUCAACUCCAUUUAUAGCAGUGGAACGCUAAAGCCAACUUCAACUUCAUGUUUAUGUACUUACUUAACCUUAAGUACCCAAUUAAGUACCCAAAUGCAAUUUGCUUAGUCGAUGUCGAUAAAGCUAUUAAGUAAUUUAUGCCAAAGGUCAGCUCUAGUCGAUGUCGAUAAUCCUAUUUAUGCUAAAGGUCAACGCCUCCUAUCUUAUCCUAUUUUAUCCUAUCUUAUCCUAUCUUAUCAUAUCUUAUCCUAUCUUAUCCUAUCUUAUCCUAUCUUUUCCUAUCUUAUCCUAUCUUAUCCUAUCUUAUCCUAUCUUAUCCUAUCUUAUCCUAUCUUAUCCUAUCUUAUCCUAUCUUAUCCUAUCUUAUCCUAUCUUAUCCUAUCUUUUCCUAUCUUUUCCUAUCUUAUCCUAUCUUAUCUUAUCUUAUCCUACCGUCAACCAACAAAUCCGAGAUUGAGAAACGUUGAGAUGAGGCAAAGCGCAUUACUCUAAAACUAGAGGAGCCAAGUCGUGGGAACCAGCGAUGUCGCUGGCCCGAAGAAGACUUCUUAUUUCUCGGUCUUUUCGAGUGCGCAAAAGCACUCGGCUUUCGACGGCGAGCCGCUUGUGCUCGAUAUGCUUGGAGAGCGAGUGGGUGCUGCAGUGCUACAAGUGAUCGGCGCCGAAUUCAACGAUUAGGGCUAUUUUAUCUUUAUCAUGAUCGUCGUGAUAUUAAUUUAUAUGGCGUUAAGUCAACUAAGAACUGCACAAAAACGGUCAUUAUUGUCGCCUCCUCGUCCUGGAAGUGCUCCGCUUAGCGGCUUUUGCAACUUGCUUCCUCUUGGUUUUUCUGUCUUUUGGUUUCGUUUCAUGUGAUUCCCCGCGACCCUCCAGAGUCCACCGCACCAGCCUGCAAAUGUAUGCAAGGGGAUUCUGGAGGGGCGCGGGGAUUUGGAGGGCGCCCGAGGUUCUUGGCUCGCAAUUGGGUGAAGGUUUUCCAGAAGGGAGCGCAGUAGGCGGCGAGUGUUCUGCGGAUUCGUAUCAUGCCCGAGAAGAUUGAAUUUUGUCCGGAUUUUUGCAGUCCUUAGUUGAAUUUUCUCCUAUAUAAUAUACAUGUUCCAGGGCUCAGCCUCAGGGCUGAAAGCCCUUCCCAUUUCAACUUUUUAUUUUCGAGGGGCUACCGGGCGAAGGGGCCUCGAAGCGCCCACCUCUGACCCCUUCCUGCUUCUUGCCUGGACCCUACAGCGCCACCAUGCCGGAGGCCGUUGAAGCAUUGAAGGGCGGGCGUGGGAGGCUUCCGAAUGUGGCAAAGAUGGCAAGGCUGGACCCUCUUGGCGUGUUGCCUGUGCCCUCAAGGCUGGACCCCUUUGGCGUGUUGCGUGUACCCUACAGACCUGCCGAAGGUCGCAAGGCUGGACCCUCUUGGGGUGUAGCGUGUAUCCCCCAGACCUUGCGAAGGCGGCAAGGCUGGACCCCCUUGGCGUGUUGCGUGUACCCUACAGACCUGGCGAAGGUGGCAAGGCUGGACCCCCUUGGCGUGCUGCAUGUGCCCGCCAGGUCUUGGGGCGCCGCCUUUCUUUCGGCUCUUCUUGCCGUUCUCUUCCCCCACUGUGAUAGGGCGCGGAGCCCCAAACCUUGGUAGUUUGUUGCGUCUCUGACGUGGCAGCGUCGUGAGGGGGGCCUCGGGCUUGUUGUUUUCGGUUCUCAGCAUAGUGGGCGAGGCACUGCGCUCGCCUCCCCCCUCUGUGAUACGCCAGAGGCCACCACGCCACGGGUGAGCGCUUCUCGUCCCUCGUUGUGCUCCCGUUCCUCGUUCUUCUCUCGUUCUUUGUUCUGCUCUCGUCCCUCGUUCUUCUCUCCUCGCUCGUUGUUCUGCUCUCGUCGCUCUUCCACCACUGUGCUGCACCACAGACCAUACCACAGGGGGGGGCCUCCCUCCCUGGUGCAUAUAUAUGGCGUUCUACGCUCUCCUCUGUUUUUCUGUUGAAGUUCACGAUGUUACCUCAACCUCAAGUAGUGCAUACUGCUAUAAUGUUCAUGUUGUACUAUCUAUCACUAUCAGCAAAAUUUUGGCGAUCGUUGUCUCUGUUUAGGACGGAAAUGAGUCGAUACCACAUGAGGAGAAUAGUUGUAGUCAACACGAGUCUCGAUGAAGUUUAUUGAUGAUCCAUCAUUUUUUUCUUUCUGUUUGUUAAUAUCAUUAUGAUAGAACAAUCAGGAAUAUUGAUUAUGAUUUUGUUCCUGAGUCGUGGAUAUGGAGGAAAGGCCCCGCUAAUAGAAGCGAAAGGAUGGCGAAACACUCAUGGAAAAAGCUAGCAAUUGGGCGCACGACAAGGUGGACACGAUCAAGGGAGUACUCGGCUACAAUAAUAAACUGAAGGUCGUCAGAUUUCUCAAAGAUUAUGGCUGAUGAACAAGAAGUCUUCAUUGAUAUAAUCAAUGGCCUAACGGAAGCUUUUCAAUAUAUUCUAUUUAUUGAUUUGUAGUAUUAAGUACAAGUUCAUCAACAAAUUGUGGUCCUCUAGUGUGACUUUCCCGACCAGCCCGGAGCUUACCUUUUAUUCUCGAGUUCAUGACCACAAUUAAAAACAAGAAUAGACCAACAUAGACAGAGCAGACAUCUGAUCUCUAGAUUACAUGUUCUGGUGCUCUUCUAAUCUAGAUCUACAUCGCCACCCCCCUGGAGCAUGGUUCUACGUGAUAUCGGCAGUCCGCUAGCGCUGCUGAGCACCGAUCGAGCGAUGUUUAACCGUGACGUGCUUACUGUCAAAUUCGAUGACACGGAUGCGAAUGAGCUAUUCUUAAGGCUACUGGUUUGUUACUCAAUUACUAUCGAUCCCGUCAACAUGUGGACAAGGAGUAAAUGCAUGCUGAGUGGAGUCCCUGUCGAAGUCAAGAAGAUUUUGAGGAAAGGAAAGGGUUCAACUGAAGAACCACUAAGGAGUCAACUGAAGAACUACCUUUAAUACACGCGGCCUUCCAAAAAUGGACAAAGUUGCCCUCAAUGAAGGACAGAACUAGGAUCGAAAAGGGGAAAACAAUGGAAAAACCGGAAGACAAAGACUUGACUGAAUUUCCGCUUUGGAACGAGGACUCCGACAGGGCAUCUGUGGUACGUAUAAUUGAUAUAAUAUUUAUAAGUUAGUAAAAUUAGAUAUACUUCUUUGUAAGAAGCUAAGUAAGUAGUCAAUAGCAUAAGAAUUAGCAGCGUUGCAUUGUAAGAUAUUUAUAGAUGACGAAUGAUGCCACUGCCACUGAUUGAGAAAGUCAAAAAGAACGAAACGGCGUUUCAUAAACAUCAACAAAUCAGAAAAAUGUGGUGGUUAUGCUCGGUCACGAGACGAGUCCUCAGCAGACUGUGUUGCUCCGUUUAAUGGUCGCACCGAACAAGAUGUCGAUAGCUUAUUUGAGCGAAGGGGCAGAGGGAUCGUGUCUCAUUACGAGGGGCUUUUAUUUGUCAGUUGGACGAUGAUCCGUGAAGGUAUUAAGCAAUUACAACUCGUACUCGUGUCUCGUACUCGUUCAAAUGUUAAAUAAAAGUAUCAACUGCUACACCAGAAGAAGAGCUCCUUUAGCUGUAGACAUAUUGAACAUAAUCGAGGUCUUUUCUCUGAUUCAAGCAAGCGUAAGUAACCAUAAGCAAGGCCUUCAACAUCUAGUAUAAAAAUUGAUUUUUAUUGUUUUGCAUCAGUAUCUAAUGAAAAGCCGAACGUGGACGUGGCUGAACUCUGGAAGAAUUGGAAAGCUAAAAAACCGUGGGCUUACAAUGAAUCCCCGACGUCCAAGACUCAUUCAGAAGACCGAUGCGAUAUUCGCACUUCCACUGUUUCGCAAAACAAAGCAGGAACAUGUUAAGGAUAAGAUCAAGAACUCGUGACGACGUCCUGAACCUGGUACAUUAAUACUUGUAGUACGUUGUCGAUUACCGUGUUUCGUUUCCACCAUAGAAGGUUCACACAUUAGUGAUAGUCGAUUUGUACAAAUACAAUUGCUUAUGGCAUAAAUCAACGCAUUACUGGAGUACUUCUUACCGUAGAUUCACGCAUUACUGGAGAUACAUAUUUGAGCAGCUGCUCUCAAUGAGUCGAAAUCUUCGAGAACUUCGUCAUCCUUGUCAGUCUCCAGUGCAGAACUGCGUAGGUGAUAACUGCGUCUGGUUCUUUCUGAAGAGUGUGACUUUAAAUGGUUUCCACUCAUUAGGGGAAUGUCGUUCCCCCUUUCCCUUCUUACUUAGGAGCGACAUUCUCGUAUCUUUGUUCUCAAUGCGUAGCAUCAUGCAUACUUUUCGUCUGGUGUUGACUAAAGUGCUGGUGAUUUUUUUUUUAGUUUUACACGCACGGACGCUGCUCUUCCUCUACUAGAAACUACUACAGCCUCAUGCCUACACCAAUAAGACACUAUGCCUCUAUCACAAACUCUACCUAUGCCUACACCAAUAAGACAGUUUGUAUUUGUUACCGUUUCUUAUUCUUAGAUAAUCUUGACAUUUAAGUGCACUUAUGGAUGCAUCGUUUUUCGCAUUUCUCCAGCACUUAUCUUUACUCCUGAACGAGGAGCCUCUCUUCUAGGCUCUUGCUAUAUGUAAACCCGCUUCUAAGCAUGGCUGAAAAACGAGGAGGCCCGCUAUCUGGAUGACGAGGUGAUGAAGGAGAUCGGACCUAACCCGACGGAGUUGGACGCGAACCCGCCUCAAGAUGUCGACCCAAAGAAGGACAAGCAGGAGAAACACGAACCAGCCAGCACCACACCGUCUGCGGCGCAGCCGGGGCCCGAGACGAGCGCGAGGAGUUUUCUGGAACGUGGAUCUGGCAACUCGCCAGAGCCAAACGGCGGUACUUUGUUUGAGAUUGCUUCGUUCUAGUUCUUUACUCAUGUUUCCUUCGUUUCUGAUGAUUUCGACAAGCAUGAUGCAUCUUUCAUCACAGUUUCUAGUCCUCGUUUUCGUGGUGCCUCGCACAGAAAUGCUUUUAUUAGAAUUUACGUAGAAAGUGGGAGUGCAAGUGGGCGACUACCUACUUCACUCCUUUGUCCCGUCAAAUCUCAGAAUUCAAAUUGGUAAAAUAACAGGAGCCGUGCUAAAUUUUGGAACGGAGGGCUUUCUAGCACAGCAGAAUGAGACGAGUUUCAUAUCUAUGAAAAUGGGCGCGAAGCCAUUUGAUGCCGAUUUUGCUAGUGACCUUCAUUUCAUGAACGCCACGCAAACGACCGGAAGCGAAAUGGUCUUUCUGGAGCUUGAGCUCGAUCAACAUCAGGCCAAUUUCAUCAAGGAAGUCGGCACGGGACUCGGUGCAGCGGCAAGCAAUACUUACCACGCGGCAAAGAAUGCUCUCGGUGCUGUAAAAGACUACAUCUUGGGAAACGAGAAGCCAAUCGACGAAUCUGUGCUGAUGAGUGAUGUAGCGGAAGACUUAUCGCAAAAUCUUGUCGACAACCUGCACUUCCUGUUGAACGGGGGCCUGAACAACAAGCCGGAGGAUGUGGAAAUUAUGGUGGACAAACCACCAUGUAGAUGUAUAUUAUACGAAACGAGAAAAGUUUAUUCAACUUCAUCAAAUAAUCUGUGAGAAGACGCCAUCAUCUUUGAGACCGACGAGCGCAUAGAGAUUAGAAAUAAUAGUCGGAUAAAUUUUUAAAAAAAUACUGUUACGCAUGAAGAUCAAGGUCCAACCAAGUCGUUCGGUGUUCCGCAUUCCCUGAAUUGAAUCGUUUGGUUCUUCUCUCUUGGUCUGUUGGUUCUCCGCUUGCGUUCGUCUUUCUCCUUCUGAAUGUUCUCGUUGAAUGAUAUGAUUGCAACAGGCUCAAGGCUAUGAAUCUAAUCGUGUGAAGAUCAUAGCGACCGGGAUCCUUAUGCACUGAAACCCCUCAGGAUGAUGAUGAUGGAUGGCCUUUGAUUAACGUACCACCAUCAGCAUACGAACAACAUGAAAAUGCAUGCUAUUUAGGUUGUGGAUGUUACUCGGUAACACCACCACCACAACAACAGGGACAAGCCUGCCAGGGGCGUAAUAUCUGGAAGGCUGUAGGCCCUUACAUUCAUCCACACCCUUAAAACUUUCCAAAAUGGCCAACCUCGAACACGAUGGCGCAGGGGAAUACCCCGGCCAAAACGCUGCCCAACACGUCCAACAAGGUCAACCCGGCCAGAACUCUGCCCAACAUGUCCAACAAGCUCAACCCGGCAACGCUUACGGAAUUGGACAAGACCAGCCCGGCGCCAUUGGUGGCGGCGUCGGGGCCGACGUUUCAGGAAUGGACCCCGGAAAUUCAGGAACUUGGAACCCAUGGCUUUGGAACAACAUGGACGCAGCGGUGAACACGUUGGCAACGGCAAGCCAAGAGCAACGACAGGCAACGGCGGCCACCAUGGCCAUGGUUCAGGAACUUAGACGGGAAAGCAUUCAGGAAACAACCGCGAAAGCAACCCAACGGGAAGAGGAAAGGGCGGAGCGAGCCGCAGAGCGUGCGCGGAGGAAGGACGAAGAGGACACCAAGCGAGCGGCGGACGCGCUCAGGGCUGUCCGAAAGUUCGAAGGCCGAGACCAGGAGGCUUACCACAGAGAAUACGAAACAUGGCGGGUCGGUACGCUGAAGGCGUUAGACUUGGCAGGGCUUUCGGAGUUUCUCAGCGGUGGCGCGGACUGGCUGGCAGAACUUGCACCAGAAAAGGCCGAGAGAGUUCGCACCAAGGCGCGAACCCUCGGGGGGGUCCUUCUAAACACGUUAGAAGGCGAGGCACACCGGUUAGCCCGACAGGGUGACACCAACGACCACGAAACGAUCCGGAAGAUUUUCUCGAAACUCGAGCUGGAAAAGGCCUGCCCAGGUCUAGCAGGCACGAUCACGAGAAUUCAGAGGGUCAUGAACGUGGCAAACAACAGCAGCGGGGCUAAGACGGUCACUCAAUUGAUGAAUUCGGUUCGCGAGGAAAUUCGUGAUAUGAAAGAUGUCAAGCCAGAGGCGUUAGCGAUCGCUAGCAUCCUGAUCAACCUAGGUCAGUCGUGCAAAGAUCUUGCUCCUUUUCUCCUGGACAAAGCUGAAGUGGAUUUGGCUGCUGUGGAAGCCUGCUUGAAGCAGCGCGAGCAGAGUCUUCUUGCGGCAGCAGGAAACGGAGGAAAAAGGAACGACAAGACGCACAGCAUUCUUUCUAUCUCGAAAGGACCACGUGCAGGGGAUCCGGGAAAGAGAAGUUGGAAGUGCAGAAAGUGCCAGACAAACGACCACGGUUGGUUUAGGUGCCCACACAACCCCGACGCAAAGGCAAACAAGCGCAAGAACAACGACAGGGACCUGCGGGGACGCAGUCCGAGUCGUGAGCGCCAAGACAACAGAAGCCGCAGCCGAGGACGCCCUUCUGGAGGUCGAGAAGACCGGCACAGAAGCAGGUCCGGAAGCAACAACAACAGGCACACGAGGGACAGAAGCGCCACGCCGGCCCGAGGGAGGUCGAGUAGCGUGAGAAGCGUGAGAGCCCGGAGUGCCAGCGGCAGCAAAAGAAGCGCAAGCGCAACCAGCCAGGACACCCUAAGCAGCAGCGAAGAAAGCCAGAGGAGCAAGUCGGUAAAGGUACAAUCUAGAUUAAGUGACAAGAAGUCUUCGCUAAGUUUGGUUAACAGUAGUAGUUUAAGUAAAAACGAAGAGACACAAAACAACAAGAGAAACAAACGCACAAGUAAAAGCGUUUGGUCAGAUGCUAGUAGUGUUAGCGAUGCUGCAUCCGAGUCGGAUGUAGGGACAGGUAAAGGGCUAAAGAGGACCAAAGUUAGUCAGUAUAUGGUGAGGGCCAUAAGGACAAUCAGCGGGAUCGCGCGACGGAGUCGCAACGCGCCGACACAGGCAGACCAGGAUCUGUGUGUCGAUGCGAUAGUCGAUAGUGGGGCUGAGUCGUGUUGCUCACCAUAUCUGAACCACUUUGAGAAACUCGGGGCCAGAUGCGUCCUAGUAGCAGCAUCGGGGGAGAAAAUUCCUGGAACUGCACGGGAAGGAAUUUUCAGAAGUAGCUCGUUGAGAGAACUUCGCCACGGGGUCUACCAUCCAAGGCUAUCAGAUUUCUAUAUCUCCGUGCCGCAGAUGCAGCAGGCAGGGGACAUGGUAUCAUUCCCACCGGGCGGAGGGGUGAUACUGAAGGGACCAACGGGGGAACACGUGGGGACCGGGGGAGGAGGACUCCUCCCACGCGUGGCCAUCUCCUUUGAAGCUGGCCUGCCCACGGAGUUAAGGAUCGUAGCAGGGAUUAGAACCACGCAGGACAUGUGCCCCGAAGUCUUGGAACACGAGAGAUCAGGGCACUUCCUACCCCUACCAAAAGGCAUGCUUUGUGCCGCCUGUAUGGCGACACAAGACCACGGCAAAAAGGCGGCCAAGAAGGUCAGGCCUUCUAUGUGGGAACCUACACGCUCAAACCAGAGGUGGCAGGUUGACUUCAAAGAUCUAGCAAGCGACCGGCAGGAGAGCAUGUUUGGCAAUACGGUCAUCUUUGGGGCCAUCGAUGACCAUGAUCGGUGCCCGAUGGUGUUGCCAAUAAAGUCCUCCAAGUAUGCCGAUGAAGCUAUGCGAAAGAUCACGAGGUACACAAGGCCGCCGGAGGAAAUUCGGUCGGACAACGGUCCGGAAUUUCAGACAGAAAAGUGGGCUAAGAUGCUCGCUGACUUGUACAUCCUAGCAAAUUCGUACGCGCCACCAUACUCGCCUACGAGGAACUCUCGGAUCGAGCGUUUCUGGAGAACAGGCGGCAACAAAGUCAGGGCACUAAUGUGGGGAGUCGACGGUAGGUUGGCGGACCUGUGCUGGAUGCUGGUAGCCUUUCUCUAUUCGAUUCGCGAGAGAGAGUUCAGGGAGCAGGAUGGAACAAGAACAAAGACCACGCCGUACGAACGACGUCACAAGAGAAAGCCAAACUUCGGAAAGUUGAGAAGAUUUGGGUCUUUGUGCUUCGUUCUAGACGAACACCCAGCCAGCAAGAGCGCACCCAAGUGGCUGCCGGCUGUGUUCGUAGGUUACAGUCCAAAGGGGUCAGCGUAUCUCUACUGUAGCUACAACAAGGCGGGGGAGUUUGUCCUGGCCGAGACCGGCCAGCUCAAAUUCUGCGAAGCCUAUAAAGUAAGCAAAGUUGAACACCUAAAGGACCCACUUCUAUUCGAAUUGCUAAGCACGGCGGAGCCUGAUGCCCUUGCGUCAGCAUACAUGGAGCCGACUUUCGGAACAAGUCAGGUGCUCGAGAUGUUAUCUGAUGGAAAGCAAGAGGGAGGGCGGGUCGCUGUGGCGCAAGAGUCGAAGGCGGGGGGCCUUGGUGAAGAAUCAACAGCAAAAGACGGAGCUGAGGGGGUAUCCUCAGCGGACCCAGAACAAGUUGUAGCGCAGCCUGCACAAGUAGAGGCAGUUGCUAUAAGUCCGGGGGAGCAAAAGCUGCAAGAGCAAAAACAGGGCCCAGGGCCGUCGGAACAAAAUCCCCUGGCCAGGGAAGACGCGCCUGGUGCAGUUUCUUCCGGUGGGCUUGGCACUGACGACAAAGUCAAAAGGCACUCUAGCAGUGGCGUGGAACAACCACAAGCAGAACAACUGCGGGGUAGGUCCCCGACAGUGAAGGACAGAACGAAGGGUAAAGGAAACCAUGUCGGAACAGCCACAAGUGAAGCGCGGACGGGGUAGACCUAAGGGGUCGAAGGACACGAAGAAGCGUAAGACGCGCAUGAGUAGGGACGCUUCGAGGAUCAUCGGCCGGAUCGCGUAUAGGCUCUGCAGUGAGCAGACGCGUGGUAGGUCGAAGCCUAAGAAGAAGCUCAACUACGUUGACGCAAACGCACGUGAUUCAGUCCCAGCUUCAGAGAGAAGAUCUGGACCCAUAUCGAGAAAGGAAGCUACCAGGGGACCUGAGGCAAACCUUUGGAAGGAAGCUGAUCGGAAGGAGGUUAGGGGGCUUGUAGAUGCUAAGUGUUGGCGUGAGAAAGAUGCACUGAAGGAUCAGUCGCUUCUUCGGAGGAAGCGCCCGGUGCGUGCGCACAUGGUUCGUGUGCGGAAGCGCUGUGGGCGCCGGAAGUCGCGGCUGGUGGCAGAUGGUUCCACGCAAAACCUCACGAAAGGCGAAAUCUUUUCACCAACGCCGAGCACGGUGAGCAUGAGGUGUCAGAUUGUUCACGCGGCUCAGCACGAUUGGGAAAUUGAUGGUGCUGACGUGACGCAGGCACUCAUCAAGGCGGACCUUCCUGAGCCGGAACUGAUCAGACUUCCAGAGGAAGUCCUAGAAGGUGACGAAGACCCUGUGAAAGUAGCUACAAAAGCUCUUUAUGGUUUUAAGCAAUCACCGCGCGCUUGGAACAAGCUAGCCGAUAAGAAAUUUCGUGAAUGGGGGUGGACGCCAUUACCUAGAGAAGGCGGCGUUUACUAUCGCACGGACUCGGAAGGCAAGCUAAGCGCGAUGUUGGUGUGCUAUGUGGAUGACAUCAUAGCCACGGCAAAGAAGCCGAGCAAGGCUGGCGACAAAACUGCCAAGGACUAUGUGAGUCAGGUUAACAAGGAGUUUGGUUCGACGCCUAUGGCGGUAUCAAUCGAACGUCUCAGCGAGACACGCGAAAAGCAUAAGUUUGACUUUGUAGGGAUCGACGUGGACAUCCACUAUGAAAUUACCAAAAGCGGCGGUAGACGCUUUGAGAAGGUAAUCUUUCAGGGUGAGAGCAGAGCCACAAAGAUUAUGAAAAAGUGGAAUAUGUUCGACUGCGCUGAGAAGUCCACUCCAUCGUGCCCGAGGCAUAGGGACCAAUGGCGUCAAUUGGCUAAGGAAGCCAAGGAGAAGCCAGAGUCCAAGGAUGAGAGUGAGCAUUCGAGCUUGUCGGAUAUUCACACAGAUAAGAGUGACAGUGAAGCAACUGCAGGUUCAGAGUCUGACAAGACUAAACCGCAGAAAACGGGGAAAAGGGUGAAGAAGAAAAGGGUAGACUCUGAAUGGAGCAACAAGGCAGUAGCCGGCGAGUUAAUGUAUCUAAGUUUGUCGUCUAGGCCGGACAUCACCGAGGCGGUGAAUUCGGCGGCUAGAUGUCCUUUCGAAGACCACCAGAAGCUAAUGCUGAAGAGGGUAAUGAGGUACCUUCGGGGCACGUUGGCUGUGGGUGUCGAGUGGACGCCGACGAGCUGGAAAACAUACAAGACGAACUACGAGCCGUUGUGGAUUCAGGGCGCCCCCCUUACCGUGAGCGGUGAACCAGAACCAGUAAGCGAAAUGUCUCCUAUCGGAACUUUUUCUGACGCGGACUUUCAAGGCUGUCCGUCUACAAGUAAGUCAACUACAGGCACGAUGAUGACGUACUACGGAGUUUGCGUGGCUUGGAGGUCCAAGCGGCAAACGAUCGUAACACUGUCUACGCCUCAUGCCGAGACGGUAGCUAAGUGUGAGUCGAUUCAGUAUGCGCAAUCCAUCGCUUUCGUUGAUAUUGUACCCGGCACAGAGUGCAAGAACCAGGGCUAUGCCAAUACUCCUCCCGCAUGGGUUGACAAUAAACCAGCACUAGACCAAGCGACGCAAGAGUUCAAAUGUGCAGGAAGUAAACACUACCAAAGCAGGCGACACUUCGUGUGCGAUCUAGUUGAUCGAUGUCGCCACUGCCCCACCGGGUUGGUGAGGGCUGAUGGCCUCACGAAGCCAGUAUCUGCGGAAACUCUAUGGCUAAUGUUAUAUGGUGUAGAGAAAACUACUAGUAUAAGGUCCAUUCUACAAAUCCCAAAUUCACACUUUUCAGGUUCGUGGCGACAAGCGGGGACGCCGGUGAGGAGCAGCACAACAAAACGAGUCCAGUUCAAUCCCGUGGUGACAUGGAUUACCUGGACAAAGGAGAAACGAGAAGAGAAGAGGAGGAAACUAGUAGAAAAGUCUACUAGAAGAAGAAAAAGAAGAACUAGCUUAGACUAGUCGUAGUUUUUUUUGCAUUCGUAUCCUGCAUAUAUAUAUAAAAUCUUGCAUUGGGUUGGCUUAGUUUCGCUUCCCAACCCCAAAAUAACGAAUUCCGGUCGCUUAGUCCCCCUAGUGGUACUAAAAUUUUUUUCUUGCAACUAAAUAAAUAAGUCCGUCAACCAGCGGAGACAUUUCGGGGGGAGAAUGUUACGCAUGAAGAUCAAGGUCCAACCAAAUCGCUCGGUGUUCCGCAUUCCCUGAGUUGAAUCGUUUGGUUCUUCUCUCUUGGUCUGUUGGUUCUCCGCUUGCGUUCGUCUUUCUCCUUCUGAGUGUUCUCGUUGAAUGAUAUGAUUGCAACAGGCUCAAGGCUAUGAGUCUAAUCGUGUGAAGAUCAUAGCGACCGGGAUCCUUAUGCACUGAAACCCCUCAGGAUGAUGAUGAUGGAUGGCCUUUGAUUAACAUACCACCAUCAGCAUACGAACAACAUGAAAAUGCAUGCUAUUUAGGUUGUGGAUGUUACUCGGUAACGCCACCACCAUAACAACAGGGACAAGCCUGCCAGGGGCGUAAUAUCUGGAAGGCUGUAGGCCCUUACAAAUACGCCUUCAUAAGUCUGUAAUUAUACAUGUACUAAAAAUUCUAUAUAUAAUACUAUCGAUAUCUAGGGACGUAUGUACAACUGUAGAGAAUGUUUUUAUUCCGACGAGCUCUAAAAGUUACUGGUUUCUUAACGACGCGAAAGGGACAGAUGCGGCAUUCGAGAAGAUGCUAGGGCAGUUGCUCAUUGACGACCCAGCGAAAAUCCAAAUCCUUAUGAAGAUGAAGAACCUUGGUUGUAUCUGAAUCUAGUAUAAGUAGAUGAAAAAGAAUAUGAAUCUGAAUGUAUUAAAUACGUACUGCGGGCGUCGCGCUGCGCGCGCCGCUGGGGGCUAUUUUUGGACGGAGAGGAGGAGGCAAGGGCGAACGAGCAUGGGAAGAGAAGACGAGAGCGGAGAACGAGACAAGGGAAGAGGCGCGGGAAGUGCCGAAGGGAGCAGCAGAGGCGGGAGACAGGACAGCGGAGAGCAAAGAGGCGCCGGCCGGAGUAGAACCCAAGGCGAAAACGGCGGGGUGCAGCCAGCCAGCUGGACCCUUAGCGCCACGAAACAGAACCAGGCGGCCCAUUUGGUGGCGCUAAGGUCCCAGAAAGGGGCAAGGGGAACAAGGUGCCGCGCCGCGCUGCCGCCGCCACCCAGGGCACCUAUGUAAGUAUAGUGAUAGAGGCUCGACGCAGUUGCUACAAGGGUAGAGAGACGCGCGCCGCUGAACUUUCUCUCCGCGAAACAGCUGCGGAGGAGCCGCGGAGCAGCUGCGGAACACUCUGCGGAACACUCCGCGGAACACUCCGCGGAAAACUCUGCGGAACACUCUGCGGAACACUCUGCGGAACACUCUGCGGAACACUCUGCGGAACAGGCUACAGAACACGCCACGGAACAACCAGGAGCACCCAGGAGCAGCGCAGUAGGCCCCUCAAACUGAGACACGCAGGAGGCAGCUGCGGAACAGCUAUGGAACACCCCAGGAGCGUCUUGCGCUGAACUUUGCCUGCGCUCAUGCGAGCCCCUCAGGAGCACCCUGCGGAGCCCGCGCGGAACAGCUGCGGAACAGAUACGGAAUAGCUACGGAAAAGCUACGGAACAGCCGCGGAACAGCUAAGAGGCGCCCAGGAGGCUGCAGGGGGCACCCGCUUAACAUGGCCCCGCCUCCUCCACCAGAAAAAUGCGCGGGAAUGAAUCGAUUAGUAUACUAAAAUAGCUACACAAGUACAAGCUAGUAGUAGUCUGUCCUCCAUUGGCGGUCGUCUUUGAUCGAAUGUGAGUCAAAUAAUCUUCGAGUUCGAUGAAAAGAUCAAAGUCAAAAAUCAGUACAAUCAUAAUCGUUGGUUUAUUGGAAUUAGAUCGAGAUUCUUCUAAUCUCUGCUUCGAACCCCCAAAGCUUGGCGACGACAUCCUUGGAAGCAGUCUGGUUUAUCCUUUACCUUUAAGGCUACCAACAACAUAAAGUCAUUGAUCUAUCUUCUUCUAGUACGUUAUCCUAGAACUUCUAGUGCGCAUCCUUCUAAAGCAGCAGUAUAUCUAGGAAAAGUCAUAAUCAAUUUGAAUUUUCAAGAAUACGCUUAACAAGAAGGGAUGAGCAGCUUGGGUGACUAACUACUGCCCUCACCGUGCUUAGCUCUAAGUCUGUCGGAAGCAGCAAAAAAAGUUAGCGACAAAGUGUCAGGAUUUUUCAGGUUCGACAAGAUUGUUUCAAACCGCUUGGCGGUGCUUGUGUUAAACGAGGUCGUAUCGCCCGCAUGGAAUCAUGUCGACGGCAAGAGGAAGGGGGAGGGAGGACUCUUUUUAAGGCUUUUUAUAGUAGUUGAUUCUUCUAAAUCUGUACUCGAUAGAUGAAAAGUUCAAGUUAUUUAUAAAUGUUAUAUAUGACCAAAACAAUUUUAGGAUGAGAUAAAAGAAAGGAAGUCUUUGAACUCCUACUCAAGAAAUAUAUUUAUAAUUAACGUAGCCAUUUUGGCUCAAGGGUCUUCCAACACAAACAACACCAAACAGGCAAAAAGUGAAAAUGUCCUCUCGCUGCACUCGUCUCAGUCCUGUAUGAGGAUUCUUUUCAUCUCAUGCAAAUAAGAUUCUUGACCACUAUCUAAAGUUCCUCUCAACAACUUAUUUGUAACUAACCAAUGAAAGCGCCUACAAUCUAAACAAAUUCAUCACCCUUCCUAUAAAUGUAUAUAUGAUCAUAUGUAUAUUUUAUAGGAAGUUCAGCAAGAUGCUCGUCGUCGUCCUCUUGACAUCGAUCAUAGUACAUUCUUGAUUGAAUGCCUGCAACUAUAUAUAAGCACAACUACAAGUGGAGUACGGAAAGGCACCCUAUGCGGGUUGUGUCGGGUUAUUCAAUGAUUUUGGAUUUGGGCCGUCACAGCGCUAAUUUCUCCUGUACCCUUCGGCCACCCGGACCAGGAUCACAAAGUUCUGCAAAAAAUCCUGAAGAACAAUUACGGCGAUUUGCAUAAGUACCAAACACUCAAUAAUAUUGGCUCCACAAAAAUCUUCUAGAUGAAGUAACGAUACUCAGUUGGCUUUUUUACUGCAGUUAGUAGAGUUGUUAUGAAGACUAGAGAGCAGAAGGCGAAAUCGAAUUUGUUGUAAUUGACUAAGUAGAACAGACAGUUGUGACAGACUGAGGAGGAGAAGGGCCAGUUCUGCUUCUGUCCUCUACUUCACAGACUUGUUGUGAUAUUUAGAAUCAUAGACUUUGAGUUGUCAUCAAUGUCUACCACAGGAUGGAGAUUGAUGAGUACGGUGUGGCAAGAGGAAUACAUGGGAUCGACGUAGGGUUUGACUUUGAUACAAUGCAAUACGAUACAAUCCAAUAAAUCUCGCGCAAGAAUCUGUGCCUAGGAACAAAAUGGCCGCGAUCCUCGAGGAAGAUAUUAUAUUACUCGAUGAUAUUUAAUAUUAGUAGUAAAAAGUAGUAUUCCUGAGGCUGAGCUCUUCCGCUUCUAAGUUCUGGAAGAUGCCGAGAUGAAGAACAAGAAGAAGGACAUCGAGCAGCCAGCGGAAAAUGCCGAGAAGAACAACAACAUGGAGGCAGCACGUAAGAUGGACGAGGGGGAUAACGCGGCCUCACUCGACACGAAGGAGGAGGUCGGAAGGGUAACGAUCAAAGAGCUUGCCCGUCCGAUGUCGGACGUGGAAGCUGCGUGGCAGAAAAGAACCGAUAAUUACGGUUAGCGCCUUGAUUUUAUUCAAAACCUUAAAAAUGUGAAUAACAAAUAUUACAAUAACGACCGAGUAUCUGAGAUUGGUAUCCAGAUCAUGCGCUUAAGCUUAAUUCAGUUUAUCGAAUAAAUUGCCAUCUCCUCUCAAAGCUUCUCCCUAACUGAGGUAGCUUUCUCAUUCUCUCGAAGGUAGAGUGUGUAAUAAGUGACAAAUUGUGUCCAUGUAGUUGUUCGCGUUGAUGAAAAAGUGUGUACAUGUAGAGCACUGAAAGCGUAUCAUGUAAUGUUCAUCCGCUAAAAGAAGUAGUGCAACUCCAAAUGAAGCAGAGCCAGUAAGCACCUAAGUGCAAGAUCCCCAUACUUUUACCCUGUUGCUGUUGCUCAUAUACGUAUUAUAUAUACUGAUAAACAUAUAAAUAUAGAUCAGUACGCAGAUGCAAUGUCGACGAAGAACACUCUAAGAGAAGACAAAGUCGGCGACUGGGUUACGCCGGUUCACAACGCAGAACUACAGGAUCGCGUUCGAACUAUGAAUGGACUUCUUUAUUGUCUCUUUCUUGCCCGCAAGUCGUGGUAUCUUCCCAACGUAACUAAGUAGGAGGUGCUUAAAGAUCUUCUUUCUCGUUUUCAUCCUGGCCUAAGGAUGAAGGUCAUAAACACUAUUUGGUGUAUUCUACUAACAGUAACACAUGCUGCAUCUCAUAUUAUUUUUUUACAUCAACAUCUUCGCAUACAACAUACAUAUUUAUUAUAGCCCUCUUUUUUACCUCCUUCAGUUUCGAUUCCAUGGCGAUGCUACUUGUGUUUUGAGUACUCUGCUGAGAUCCUACUACUGAAAUACAUGAAGCCUCUAAAUUUCAUGGCAACCGGAUUAUCGGACAAGGAAAUAGAUGACGUUUUGGAAUUUACGAAAUUUGAAACGAGCAGCGCCGAUGCACAGAACGCAGAUGGCGUCGUUCAUGCUCAACCCGUCUGGAACUAUGUUACGACAGGACAAUGGAUGAACUACUUUAGAAGUACGAUUUUUUAGUAGGACUAGGAGUUUUUUUGUAAUCCGUAGGGAAGUUGGACUUUCAUUGUUGCAACGGGAUCACUCAUUCAGACUUCUUGUGGUCGAGGACUUAUGUAUGCGCGCGUAAUUCGCCUAAUCACUUUUACUUGAAUAUAAAUAUGUCUACUAUGCUAUACGGGGACAUCAGCUACAAGUAGUUUAUUUGAACGCUACAUCUAGUAGUACUAGGACUAGCUUCGUUCAUGUAGGAGAAGAUCGGCGAUGGCAGUGAUCUUCAGUCAGAGCUAAAGCGAGCGGUGGUUUUCAAGGUCUAUCUCGAAUCCGACGACGCAGCACUACCGCGUGUUGAGGUUCUUUACGGUCCUCAUGAAGUUUGCAGCUCUAUUCUAAGUAGUAGUUUAUUUUUUUACAGAGGAUUCAUCGUGGUGAUGUGAAUACUUAGUGAUGGGACCGCGGCGAAUGAGGUUGCUAUAAAAGAUAGACAUAUUCAUUGCAGUUCUUCUAACAGUCCGUUGUAUCUAUUUUAUGUACUUAUAAUGCAGCUCAUAAAAAAUGUUUAAUAUGUUAGCAAAACCAAAAGAUUCACCGUAUGUAGACUAUUUCAGUAAGAUGAUGAACAAGAAAUACCACGAGUGAAUCCGCUCCAUCAGGUUCAGGACUCCUGAUUAAGCUGAUUCACUUCUUAAUAAAUGAUCAGACUGAGGCACUUAGUUUGGCGAGAAGAAGGCUUAGCUUCUAUUUCAAAUCAUCAAUAAAUAUUACACUUAGUCUUUGGUCUUCUAUUCUAUUUUAUUUCAGGUCGGUGCAUCAAUAAUCAAAAAUUAGAUUUAGUUGUGAAGAGAGUCUCCUUCUAUUUUUCAAGUCACUGCCGGCAACAGACAAAUGUAAGCUCGAUGCAUUCUCUUCAUAAUUGACGGGUGGUGACCACAAGCGUCCAGCUGAGUAUCAUGUACCCGGAGAAGUUGGAACCCGGCAUGGUUCAAGGUUUCAUUCAUGUUAAGGCUGUAUAUGUGAUUCAUCUUUGACUGCGUCCGUCCCGGAAAAGCACUAUGCCCGAGCAUUUCCGCACUAGUACAAUUUUGAAGGAUGUAGUAGAAUUUUGAAGAUGAACUACGGAGAAGUCUAAUGAUUGAGUGAAGAAAUUUUUCGGAAAAAUGGAAACAGUCCCGGAGAAGAUAAGCCUACAAGAUUAAGGCUGUGGCUGUCGUUUUUAUCACUUAGAUACGUACCGAUGUAGUCCCUUCUUGAUUCAGAUUCAUUCUCUUCAUCAAUCAUGAAAUAAAAUAAACAGAGACCACAGAAGAUGAUGAAUCUGAAGACAGUUCGCACUCGUCUUAAAUUUUUUAUUCAUUUUGGCUCAAGUGCGAAUACGAAAAUAGCAAAUACAGAGAGAAGACGAGAGAAAGAGAGGUAGGUGCUGACUGGCUUCUCCGCGGGCCAUAGAUGUGUAAGCGUAGCAGCGGGCAGGCCAACGGGCCUUCAUUGAUCCCUGGAAUAGAAAAGAUGAAGUCUGCCGGGUGAGACCCAAUAGAUCCGUCGUCAGAUCCGCCCUUGCCCGGGCGCUGAUCGUUGUUGUAGAACGCGGAUCGGGCGCGCAAGCGCACUACGACCCAAAAUCCCAAGGCAGAGCAGCUUGUACCGAGAACCGUGGAAGUUACACUAUCUAGUUCAGGACUAACACCAUCAUCAACAAGGCGGCUCGCACAUAGAGCGGCAGCUAUAGCAAUACAACGGAACUGCGAGGACUCUCUCCUCCACAAGGCGGCUCGCACCUAGAACCGCGGCAGAGCGCGUCGAACAGGACAUCGCACACUCUUCCAUCAAUAAGGUAGCUUGCAUACAGAGCCGCAACGUCCUGUAUCGCACAGAACGCGGAGCACAACUCUCUCGACAAGGCGGGUCGCACCUAGAGCCGCAGCAGAGCGCGCCGAACGAGGCAUUAAGCACUUAUUCAUCAACAAGGCGGCUCGCACAUAGAGCCGCAAGACUCCGUGUCGCGCGGAACGCGUAGCACAACUCCCUCGACAAGGCGGGCCGUACCUAGAGCCGCAGCAGAGCGCGCCGAACGAGGCAUUGAGCGCCCAUUCAUCAACAAGGCGGCUCGCACAUAGAGCCGCAACAUCCCGUGUCGCGCGGAACGCGUAGCACAACCUCCUCGACAAGGCGGGUCGCACCUAGAGCCGCAGCAGAACGCGCCAGACGAGGCAUCAAGCACCCCGUCAUCAACAAGGCAGCUCGCACAUAGAGCCGCAACGCCCCAUAUUGCGAGGAGCGUGAAGGGAAACCUGCUCGACAAGGCGGGCCGCACUUAGACCUGCGGCAUAGCGCGUCGGACGGGGUAUCGAGCACCGCUUCAUCAACAGGGCAGCUCGCGCUCAGAGCUGCGCCAAUCCGUGUCGCGCGGAACACGCACAGUAGACCUGCAGCGCAGCGAAUUGCGCGUGUCGCCGAGGACGUGCCCGCGAGCUAGAUACGCUACGCACGGAGCGCGUUCGCCGCACGGAAAGCGGCGUCUCGAGGCCCCACCUACCCGAGCGGAUGCUCCCGUUCCCGUCGGACCUGUACGAGGAGGGCGUAACGUUAACGUUGGGUCACGGCCUCAGACCAAGCAGCGUGCGCAAAUACGAGAGAUACGUUGUCGAUAUCCUGCGCGGCAGCGGGAGGAACUUGAAACGCGGCUCCUUCCCGCAGACCCGGAACACAAUCACAGACUGGGUGCAGGUGAAGAGGUUAUUCAGGACAUUGCUGGAACAGGUGAACGAGGACAACUUUCACGAGAACUGUGCUGCACUAGCUGCAGUUCAGCGCAUGGUGAAUAGUGGCCGACUGCUAACCUACUGGGUGUGGAAGGCGCCCGAGAACGUAGACCCGGAAACCACUCCGGAGCCGGCGCCGGUGAAGCGGGUGACACACGUAGCGAUCCCAACGUGGCGUUGAGUCGAGAACGCGUUUCAGGCCGCACAGUACAUCGCGCGCAUGCGUGUCCCGAGUCUGUGGCGGGCCUGGACGGUCGUCAGCGUCAAUAUGAUGCCCGAGCAAGUCAUCGGUGCGCGCCGCUUUAUAAAGCACCCUGAGUACGGCCCGUUCGAACGCGGAGACAGAGAAUCGAGUGAGUACAUCUCGCUUCAUAUGGAAGCGGAGGCUCGCGCGGGUUUGGCGGGCGCCUCCACCGAGACGCGAAGCGCGGCGUGCGGAGAAACCUAUCACCAGCAGGAAAGGUGGCGGAGGAAUAUCCUAUGCGGACGUCCAGACGACGGGAAGCAGCGGAGAGACCUGAGAGCAGCGGAAGCACGGCGCGCACCUCUCGGAACGAGAUUUGCGCCCCCUACGGUCUACAUCCGCGAGAAGUCCGCGAGAGAGCGCGCCGCGGAAAUAAGAACAGGAGUUGCAGGGGCGCGUAGACGGCCGAGAGACGGCUACGUAGCGGAUGCGACUUCGGACUCAAGCAUGGAAUCACCAACAGGAGCAGCCGAGAGGAUACGUCAGUCCUGGGCAAGCAUCGGUCAGAGGAAUGCCGCUCCCGGGAAGGGCGGUUGGAGUCGCAUUCAGCGCGAGCGCGGCGGCGGCGGAGUGAUCGGCGCCGUCAACAGGACGUACUCAGAUCCAGGCCCACAAAGCGACUACCGAUCGGACAGACCGACUUCAGCGCUGGCGUUCGAGCGAGGCUCGAUGCGAAGGUGCGCGUGGAGCUCAAGAGCGCUUUCUCGCGGUCGCGCGCUUCGGGCCGCCGAGCACACGGCGCAAGGCUCCGGCCGGGCACCGGUACGGUGUAAGGAAGGGUCGCCGCCCCUUCCCGCAGCAGGAAACGACCUCCCAGGAGAAGGUCCCCGGGAGCGGACUGCAGCGAGAGUGAUGUCCCUAGCUCACGCUCAAGGAGUGGUGGAGGUGCUCCCCCGCAAUGACGAAUACAGCACCGGCGAAGAGGUGCUGGUCACGGAAUGGACGGAGUGUUUCACAAGCGCGGGCCCCGCGCCGCCGAAACCGAAGCCGAUGUUGAACCCAGCAGGAAAAGGAGCAUGGGUGAGCGGCUGGAAAGGAGUCGGCACGGACGGACAAUGGCGCUUCUGGAAAGGGCAGAAGAACAGGCCUGGUAUAGUGCCCGCGAGCAAGAAAGGAAGUUGCAAACAGGGCGCAGCCGCACGCGAGCGUAAGGGCGCGGGCGGACCAAUGCCUUUCGCACCGAAAGGCGGAACUCCGAGGGCAGUGAGAGCAGAGCUGCGAGGCGCACACGCGGACGAGCGGCUGAAGAUUUUCAAAAGUCGGCCGCACGGCGCGAUCGUAAGCAUGGCGGAGACAGAGGCUCCCCGCCCGGCCACGAGCAUCUCUCUCCAGCGAGUUCAACGGCGAGCGGAGAAGCCAAGGACCGCCCAGGAGCGACCCGUGGCUGCGCGCCACGCGAGCAGCGGCAGUUCAUCAACGUCUUCGAGCCGGCAGAGCAUCUCAUCAUCAUCGACAUCAGAUUCGGAAGCAUGCCCACCCGGUGAACCAUGCGUGCUGCAAGCGACACAAGCUACGCAGCCUAGCUCCAGCAUGACAACGGACGACACAGACGCAGUGACGGGCCCUCCGGCGAAGAGAGCGAAGACGCGUGUGACUGCCGGACUUUCGCAGCACUACGCAGUGGGAGCAACGGCGAGGCACGCUACAGUGAAGCCGAUCGCGGCGCUCCUGACCUCGAAAGCGAGGGCAGCGAUCUUGCACGACGGAGAAGCGAUCAUCCUGCCGAGGGUGGGGUCGCAGGAGUGCAAGGCGGUCUUCGAAGCGGUAGCGUUAGUGUUCCUGCAAUCGGACCGCGGGCCGUGCCACGACAUGGCACCAUUCGCCCUCGCGCGUCGUGUCUCGAGCAGAUCAGCAAUGGUUCUGUCGAUAACGCACCCUCAUGAGAAAGGUGCCCCAGUGCAAGCAGCAGAAGUGGCGAGGAAGAGACGCGCGGUCUUAGAAGGCAAGAUGCGACCGUAUAAGGACUGGGCAGCGCGCCUUUUCGUCUUCACAGCCAUCCUGGCCGACCCGACGAGGAUGGCGAACUCGACGGACGAUCAGCUAGCAAGGAUGCCAGCAUCGCAGCGUCAUCUCGCUUUUGAGGAGCACGAGCCGCACGCCGUGAAGGCCGAGUACAUGACAGGGAACAAGAAACUGGCGGCGUUUGAGAUACCAGACAUGUACACGGAGAUGAUGCUGCCGAACGGUGAGUCCGCUCUUCUGGCAGCGUACGACGCGAUGCCGCGGAGAUUCGGCGGCGGCGCGGAUUUGCGCGCAGGCUCGCACCUUGACGAGCACGUGCUGAAGGUGAAGUGCGGAAGCAUCGAGAUAUUCCCGACGCAUUACGCGGACUGGUGGAUAGUGAGGCAGCUGACGGACGGAGACGCACCGCAGGUGUCGUUGCACGAAUGGCCGCUCCCGACUUUUGUGCGGACAGUAGCAGCGAUCAUGAGAGCGGAGGCUGACCCGUGGAAAACAAGAUGGCGGUGGAUGCGAAGAGACGAAAUCGAGCAGUAUUGGCCAUCGCAUACGACACUCGAGAGAGGUCCAUCCGUCUUCGCGGCAGCGAGACCAGUGAGAGUGCAUGCUGCGCAAGCCGACAGCACUGAUGACGACAUAGGCGCCUUCGGCGAUGACGCAGUUCCACCGGACCGAUUUUGGGCGGACUCCAUGGACACCACGGACAGGAAUGGCGGCCUGGUAUGGAACAUGGGCGGGUGGAGCGCGCGCAUGCGUCUAGGCGAGUUAGCUUUUCUGAAGAUGCCGUUGGUCAUCGCAGUGCAGGAAUUUAAGCGCGCCUUUUGGGCGCGUGAGGAUAGCCAAGUAGCUUUCACUAAGAAGAAAGUGAGAGGGCAACCUGCGCCAAGAGCAGCGAUUCUGAGGGGCGGGUCGGAGGUAACAGCCCUGGACUUCGCAGUGGUAGCAUCGACAGAUGCAAUCGGUCUUGCAGCACCAGACGGAACGGGCGGAGCAGCGGUCCUCUUGAGGGCGGAUCAGCUGUUCCGCUUCGUCGCGUCGACGAGUGUGGUGUUGAUGGCGGACCCGGAUGACAAGACGGACGGCCACACCGCCAUGAGAGGCGCAGAUGAUUUCUUGGCGUACAUCGCGGCGGCUGUUCUGGAUACGAUCAUCGUGAUAUCAGCGUACUACAGGACGCCGCGAUCAUGUAGGCCAUUGAACAUCCCAGCGAUAAAAAGAACGAUGAACAAGUACAUAGCGGAUUUAGGCAAGUAUAGGCAGGGCCGGCAAGUGUGGCUGAUGGGUGACUUCAACUACAUCCGAGGAAAGACCCGCCCAUCGGAUCCAUCUCCGGCGCUCUUAGCCGCAGCGUACAGGCCGCUGCAAGUCUUCGCAGGACACCCGGUGCAAGGCAUCGGCCCGACGUGCUGGCGAGCAACCGCGCACGGAGGGGAGCCGACAGCGAUCGAUCACGUGUACACAUCGGCAUUAGCGGCGCGCGGAAGCGCGAUUGAGCGGUGGCACGUGAGGAAAUUUGCGCCGUGCCUGAUAGGCCCUGAAACACCUUUCGCGCAGGUACCGACGGAUCACGCAGCGCUGUGCAUCCCAGGCUGGCUGUUCGAGCCCGCUUCAUCACAGGAAGACAUGUUCGCCGCAGCGAAGGAAGCGUGGGCGAAGCAUUACGCAGCGCUGGCCUUGAGGUGCCCAAUAAAGGUUUCGGCAGCUUACUCGGACAUCAUGUUCCCGGUCGGGCAAGCAUGCCUGAAGGCCGCAGUAGCAGUAAACGCAGCUAGCAUAGCUCACGGGUACGAUUAUCUGGUGGACUGGAGCAGGCGGACCAAGUUUGAUGAGCGGGCGUACGCGACGGUCCUCGCAGACCACAUCGGGCGUCGCACGUUCCGCCCGGCGGCGCUUCGAGACGUAAGGCUCGGCAAGAACGGAGCGUCAUCGGAAGGUCACGCGGAGCGGAACACCACGUUGCAGCAGGGUCAUCGAGCAAAGCCGCUGAGGAAUCUAGCAGACCUCGAGCGCGUGAUGACGCACGUUGCAGUCAAGAGAAAAUUUGUGAGAGCGAAGAGAGUGGAUCAGCAUGAAUCGAAGAUAGACUGGUCGAGGGACGUCGAUGACAUGACGGCCGCAGGCGUAGCAGACGAUGAGAAGAAGAGACCAGCGAACGUCGCAGCGUUCGCGAAAGCCGCAGCUGCCUUGCGGACCGGCCAGUCAACGAAGGAGGACAAGCUGUUUAACAUCAUAGACGCAUGCAAGGCCGCGCUGUACGGCAGCAAGCGCGGAGACCCCGCGGGUGAGAUAUCGCACUGCGUGGCGGGCGCGCUCGCAGCAGUGGGCGCAUCGGAAGUAGCUAAAGGGCUACUGUUAUCGCACCUUUGCAAAGCGCGGCUUAUCCGGGAAUCGACCAGGACCCUGUUGACGGCUCCGGAUAGGCGCGAACUGUACAGGCAGGUCUUAGCAGUCGCGAAGGCCACCCCACCAUUACCGAUGUCCGCGCACGAGACGAGAGAGCUGCUGGAAAAAAUGGCAGCGAAACCACAUAUGCGUUCGCCGAACGGCGCGAGGAAAUCUAUGGUGACUGCGAUGCGGCACCACCCGGACACCGUGGAAGCGCUCCGCUGCGCGGUCAACGACACUACAGCCGGUAUAGCGUCGACGACACUAAGAGCGUUUGAGCAGUACAUACGGCCGGAGCGUAAGGCGCUAGUGGCAGCGGCUUUGCACAAGAGCGGUCGCACGGACAGAGCGCAGAAGCUAAGGAUCGCCGUGUCAGCCGAGAACCUGCAUAGGAUUGCUGCGCAGAAGUGCUGCAUUCGCAUAAAGCAGAGGAUGGAGAGGAGCGGUCUGCUCGGCUCAUGGAUAGGCACCGGAAGACCUGGCGCAGGUCUGGACGCGGCUUUUCGACAGGAGCUAGACGCGAUCGGCAACAUAGCGCAUAGAAGAAACGACCAAUGCUCGGAUCCGGAGAUGCAGCAGAUAGCCAUCAUUAUCACCACGGACUUCGAGAAUAUGUUCAAUUGCCUCUUCUACGAAGUGAUGGUGAAGACCAUGAUCUUUUACGGCGCGCACCCGCACGACCUGGCGUUCAUGAUGUGUCUGCAGGCAUCCAAAACAGUUUUUCUACGGAACGGCAGGAGCGUCGCAGCCCUGCGUCGUUUCUACGACCUCGUAAUCGGUGAUCCAGUCGCGAUGGAGAUAUCGUUAGGGGUCAUCGCGCCAUAUCUGGCUUCCAUGAGGCGCGCACUCGACGAGUUAGAGAAGCGCGCAGCAGCGGGGGCCGAAAUCGGCGACGCCAGCGAGUACGAAGACCAGCUCUUCAGGGAGCAGAGGAGGAUUUUGACGGCUUGGGAGCAUGAGUACCGCAGAGAGGACGUCCCUGACGAGUACUUUGACCAACGCUCGCACACUGAAGCGAGGAUACACGCGGAGACGGAAGCGACAGAAGUACCGGAAGCGCCAUGGCAGAACACAUCGGAUUUCGAGAUCUUCAUGCGGGCGUGCGUGGACGACAUCACGACCGCUAUCCGCGGAGCGAUAGCGGAAAUAAGGCGGCCUUCGAAGCGCGUACGCAUGGCGGCGAGAAUCCUGUCAAGCAGGACGGAGACGAUGUGUCGCGACUCCCAGUUAUUCUUUGCGGCCAGAGAGAAAUUCUUGCUGGCUAUCUUAUCAUGGGACCCAGUGCCUGACAAGGACGGGAUUGCGGCAGCGAUCGCCCCGCUUUUCGUGAUCUGCGGUUUCGCGCCAAGAGUCGUCUUUGAGUCGAAGAUCGUUGGAUACGUGUAUCGAUUCCCGUUAGGGGACGUCAUAGAAAAGCAGCUAGCAACCGCUACUGGUUUUUGCAGGCUCCUAUGUAUGAGAGCUAGAGCAGCGCUCGGGAAACAAAUCUCACCAGCGAUAGCGAUCGCGGUGCUCCAGCAAGCCCUAGCGGCGCCGACGACGCAUCUGUGGGGAGCCGCGAACGAUAGAUUAUCCGACGAGCAGAUAGAAGCGAUGGAACAGCGACUAGCGACGGCGUUGCUGCCGGAGAUCGGAAUAACGCCCCCGGUGGUGCAACACAUUCGAGCAGCGAAUCCCGGCAUCACGGAAAGGGAGACUCUAUUCAGUCCAAUCACCGGCCUUCAACCGAGGUCGACGGUAGGAUCCAGAAUUUCGGAUAACGGUCUGGUGAAAUGGAUGUCUUUGGCGGGAGCAUGCCGCUUGGCGGACAAUUUCAGUGCUUUAGUGGAGGACCUAGCGGAGGCUGAAGGCAGAACAAGAGACAAAGAAAAGACCCUGAUGCUCGCAAAACCGGCACCCGUGAGAGAGUCGUUUCGUGCGCUCGGAGCAUCCGGCACAGAGCCACCUCUCCUCCUCAGUAUGACACCGACGUCAGACCCCAGUAUUGCAGUAUGGGUGCGAGCGGAUCACGCAACAGCGCGCGUGAUGGGAGUCUCUGAGGUAGCGGCGAUGCCCGCAUUCGCAGUGGAGGUCCGGAUGAUGCCAGGAGCAGCAGUGAGUCCGCAUGUCGCGAGGGUAGCGAAGAACAUGUGGGCCGUCACGGAGGCAGCGAGAGACGCGAUGAACGCCGCACGCGGCGUGGGAACAAGGGUUAGAGUGGUGCGAGUCUUCGGCGCGUACACUCUGCCGAGAGUGCGCACGAUCGCGCACGAAGCGCUAUGGGCGUUGAAGCACGACUUGGCAAGCGACGGGGCGUGCCUGGAGCUGGUGAGCGCCAGGACACCAUUGGACUUGAGAUCGACGUGGCCGAAGCAGGAACGUAAGCGAUUGGCACAAAAAGACAUUCUGGACCCGGAGCUGAUGCUGAGAUCGACGGAGGAUGACAACAGAACGCUGAACUCGGGGUCAUCCACCUUGCCGCGUCUAUCGAAGCUGCGGACAUGCCAAGCAUGGCCUGAGGUGAAGCGAACUGUAGCAGAAUCUCUGGGGUGCUGUUAUGCCGCACCGCAGCGAGAGGAUGACGAGUUCGAGGACACCGACGAUGGAGAACAGAAAGGAAGGUGGGGGGGCGCGUAGCCAGGCGAAACAAGUCUGAUCCUGGUUUUGCCGGGAGACCCCCUCCACCAUCACAUUCCUGAGGCGAUCAGCGGAACCUUAAGAAGGAGCCUCUCCAUCGGAAGUAAACCAAUAAGAAUGUAGAUAGUACGAGCAGACGGCGGAGCUUCGUAUGAACAAGAACGAGCUAGAAUAAGCAGACUUCUGUAACAGUUGUGCCGCAAAUUCGGCUUUGUAGGAGACGGAGCCUCGCGCCCGCUUAGCAGCGACGGGGGCACAGGCGGGCGGGGGUUUAGCUGGGUGUGAAAAAAAAAAAAACAAAAAAGAAAUCAGGCCAGGACGGGGCCCAAGGAAACACUCAGCUUUCCCUUUGUGAACGCCAAAUGCGCCCGAACUGUCGCUGCGCUUCGAUGAAUAUGCAGCGUGAAGUUUGUUUUACAGCCAAUAGAGGACGUUCAACAGUAGAGAUCAGGUAGUAGAAGAUAAACAGGGCGCGACUGAGUCGAGUACGAACGGAGGAUAACAACAUUAACAGAAUAGAGGAAGUAAACCCGAACGAGGGGAUCAAAACAACAGCCGCACUAAGCGAAGGGAAGCAAGCGGGAAGGAAGUAAAUAUAUAAUAAGACGAAGUGUUCGGUGAGGCGGUAACGCGCGCGCGUAUUUCAGGCGUCGCCGGUAACUGUGAUCCACGUUUGUUGCGUAGGUAUUUGCUGAUGCAUACCCAGAAUGAAGAUCUCUACAGAGAAAGUUAGGUGUUGGUAUAGGACAUUCGAAAACGUGAACCAACGGAGGACAGCUCCAAGGCUAUUGUUAGCGCGUAGAAGAGCGAAGACUUAAAGUAGGCAAGACCCCUCGAGGACGAUACUUCCCGAAACACCAGUAAUAGUGUCUAUAAAGAAGGAGACGAUAGCUUUGUUAGCAUACGAACGGACUGAAGAGUAACAAAAGGAACCUAGGCUGUAGUGAGCUAUCGAAGGACGUAGUGAACACAGGAGGAACACCCAUAGCACAUUUAGCAACGGAUCGAGAGUAGACGAGCAAAAAAGUUAGAAGAUAGUGUACGUUCACAUCACACGGCUGCGCACUUCACUCAAGCAUCUCUUUCGGCCAGGAGCUGUAGUGGAAGAAUGAAGGAGAGUUCUUUUGUCCUCGACACUGAAUACGGUAGCGCGCACAGACUCCGGGACAGCGAACUAUAAAUAGCGAUGAGGAGUAGUAGUCGGAGCGGAAUCUGAAAGCUGAGCUUCGCGUGCCUCGUAGUGAUGUCCUCGGCGAAGUCAUACCACCCGCGAUACGAUAAGUUUUACGUGACAAGUGUCCGCAUUGACGUUAGCACUCUUAUGCGAUUUUGCGAAGAUCGUUCUGCCGUAGUUACGAAACCAUCGAAGCAUAACAAGAAUCCGAUCGCAGAACUAGCCGGCGUCAAAUUGUACAUCGCGCCGGUCGACGCUGCUUACUCGCAGGCGAGAGUUCGCGCCGGAACACUAACGAAAGAAGUGAUAGAAUACGCCCUCAAGCACAGCAGAUACACGUGUGGCAUCUUCUGCAACGUUGUAUUUAUUGAGUCCGGUAAGGCGGUGAAGGAGCACGUUACUCAUAGCGAGCAUCUGAAGAACAUCGUGUCUAGAUAGGGAAGCUCACGUUGUCCCCUAGGAAAUACGCAAGACGACGCUACACAGUGCUAAUAGCGCCGAGUGGCCGAAACGUAAGUGCUAAACUCGCAGCAGGGUCCUAGAAGUGUAGCGUAACUUCCGUUGAGUUGGGGGUAUGGUGAAUCAAAUGACGGAUUUGCAGCGUCCGUUGUCGUUCAAGCAGACGGUGAGGGCGAGGGUGGCCCUUCACGUCAAAUGUUUGCGACGCGGCGCGCGCGACGUCAGUUUUAUAAUUAGACAAAUGACUGUGGAGUGGCCUAAAUGGAGAGAACGGGAGCGUGUAUCUCACCACGAGUUUAUAGGUAUAGCAGCCCACGAAGUAGAACAAUAUUUGGGGGACAUCACCGAGAAGAUGUUUGCUUGGGAGCCUCUCGCUGAGAUCUUGAAGGGGCAAGGAGGAAAGAACAAAGUCCCAUACAAGUUGAUUAGGAUUACCAAAGAAAUGGGGAAGUUCGUGAAGUCUCAGGCGUUCUCUGUCCUUCAGUACAAGGAGAUGCUCCAGACGGACGGGUGGCCCAUCAAAACUGACUUUUCUCUCGACGGGAGUGCAGGGGAUGCCCCCAUAGAGGAAAUGGCUGAUGUGGUGUCCUCCGAGUUGCAUCCUUUUGUCCUUCAAUUCAGGGCUUUCGCUGAGGAGCUCGCUGAGCUCCUAGAGCCCGGUAACAUUUUGUCGUUAGCUAACGUUGGGAUCGCUAAUGCUAGCCAUGAACAAGAGUCACAGCUCCACCUGGCAAAGACGGCCGCCUUUGCGGUGCACGUCGCCUUGCAGGACGCUCUUGUAGAUUUUAGCUACGCGGGAGGAGAAUAUGUCAAACGAUUUAGAUACCUAGACGAUCAGAUACAGACAGAAGGCCAUACUUCAGGGUACACGAGGAAGGAGCCUUUCUUCGUGCUACUGGGUAGGUACCGGAAAAGUAUGACUAAACUGGAGAAGGUCCUUGAGGAAUUUGCACCGCGCGCACGAGAAUACGUGAAGCACAGGUGUGAACCGGAGGCAGCCGCCGUUCAGAAACAAACAGAUUUGCUCGUAGGUAGGCUUCGUAGUUACUUGGAAGAAAUGACGGCGAGGUCAGACGCGGAGUAUUGGGCUAAUAAUGAAAUGGGGAAGUGUCGUACGGAAUUUUUAACCUUCGAUAACCUCGGUUACUGUGAGGUGGGAACGGUAGGGAAGGUCUUCUUGAGUUACAUAAAACUAGCGGCAGGCCAAGCAGCCGAUUUCGCGAAAGCGAUCGGCGCUCAGCGCGCAACAAUUUACCGCCCACAGGGCUGCACGAGCGUAGAGUAGAGCACUAGACGAUAGAACUAACCCAGCCCCGAACACGUAACUGAACUCAUGACCCUUUAGAGAACAUCCCCAACGGACAUGACAGAAACGAAGGAGACGCUUUUACACAUAGGAGAGCAGAGCAAAGAAGAAAUCACUUAGAAGCAACGACUGCAAUCGUAAGUACAUGGUUGUCUCAGCACGGGCACCAGGUAGCCCCCUUCAUAGGAGUGUUACACUCCGAAGACGGGAGUGGCGAAGAGCUCGGUGUAACAAGAAGUCGACUAACUAGAACGACGUUAGCAAAGUCUUCCAUUCGCGGCUAUUAACGGCCGGUGAGACCAAUAGGAUGAACGUUGAUCUUACGGAUUCACCGGAGGGAAUCCGAGGAAUAGACACUCUCCCUCAGCGUAGCAACUAACGUGACAGUCCGUAUCUAUCUCAGAGUACUGGCAUACAGCACGGAUCACCUAAUAGAUAAAAAUUUGUUUUUAUGCUUUUUGUGUGGCUGUAAUGUCCCAUCUUGUCCUGUAAGGUGGGUCCUUGCAUGUUAGUUGGAUUUGUUUGUUCUUUAUUUUGGUAGCGAGGCUUCUCUUUCGUCUCGCGGGAAUUCUGUUUGGGUGGUGUGGGUCUAGAGACUGUUCUUUUUACACGUCUCUCAGUAGUUUGUAAUCAGCGCGACGCGCGCAAGGGGAAUAUAUACGGAUCAAAGAGGAGCGCGUAGCGGAGUGGAGCACAUUUCUCGGUCGUGGAAGAUCGUAUACAGCGACAACAGACAGGACGCUGAUCGGCGGUAAGGAAUAUAAUCUGCAGGAAUGGCGUCGUCAUCAUCGGCGGCAUCAACGACCGGUCUACCGGGUUUGAGCAAUCCGUUUAGUAUAGGACAAGCACGCGCUUUCAGUAGCGCAGCGUCGAUGACGCUCCAGACGGACAUGGACGUGAUGUCGGCAGCCGCAUGGCCUGGAGCGCCGGCGGCUCCCGUUCUGCCGCCGUUAGCAGCGACCGCGUCUGGGAGGAAAUCCCGACGAGCGAAAGGGAUAAGUAUCGAGAGCCCGCAUCUGGAGCGCGGACCGACAGACGCGAACGUGCAAGGCACGCGGGUAUACGCCGGCUUCUCACACAGGCUGUUCCUGGCUUUCGGAGCAUGUGUGCAAGCGUUUGGCGAUCUCGAAUAUGUGUUCCAACUGGAGGAUCACUGGCGCAUGGUUUUCGUACCGGCGGAUGAGGUGUUUACGAACGACGGAUCACCGAUGUUCCUUCGCUUCCAGACAACCACCAACACGGUGAGCACGGAAAACGAUCAUCAAUGUAUAUUAGCAUAUAGCCUGGCGGUCUUCGCGGACCAAUUUCGAGAUAUCGGGAUUGCUCCGCUGGUAGGGGAAGCGCCGAUGCCGGAUAGCGCACAGCCGAGGGAAUAUUGCAUUUUAUCAACGAUAGCACAUUGGCCGAAUAAGCCGAACAUGAUGCCCAAGCAAUACGCGAAUAUACCAAUAUUUCCGGUCGCGCAAGCGCCGUCGGUGAUACCGUUGGCUUUAGCGAAUUUUUGGGAUACCAGCGAGAACAGAUGGUCGCGAUCGUCGCCGCAGUUUCAGCAAAGAAGGGCGUUGGAGGCAGCGGAAAGACAACCGAUGGCCAGGCUUCGGUUACCGAUGGUGACAGAGUUGCGCCAGAAAGCGGUAGAUAACGUUCGAGCCGGGCGCGCAGCUUCCUUCGGCACACCCGAGGAGCGGCCGUUCGAACUAGCGCACACAGCGACGGAGCGUACGGGAGGGCAUGGGCAAGCGACGGUAGUGAACAGCGAGCAUCAACGCGACAGCAAGUGCGGUCAGCAACGACCGCCGGCCGGGCACGCAGUGCACCCAACAGUCGUUGCGCACGUGGGCGACGGCAUUACCCGGAUCGGCUUCGAGAACGCCCCUGCAGGCCCGGACACAGGCACGCACGCCCUGGAGGCACCUAGAGCGACGAUCUCGUCAAUGAGCAGUACGGAGUUAACGCCAAUGCGGUCGCGGGCGGUCCCGGGUUCGACGAGUGCGAACGGCGCGAGCAAAGAGUGUGUCGGCAACAUCCCAGGAGCGUCAGUGCCGGAAGAGCUCGCUGCAGAGUUCCCGGGCAUGUCGCCGGACCUGCUGGCGAAGAUGUGGACAAAGAUGAGAGCCAUGUCUAGUUCUGCCGACGCCGAUAUCUCCAAGCAGAACCUGAACGGGUCAACGGUCGCUAACAAGCGCGACGGUGGGCAUGGUGUCGGCGAGAGUGCGCGGAAGAGCACUAGGAAAACGGAUGCGCGAAGAGAUUCUCGAUCGAGGAAGCAGUACGAUCACGGUAGACGCGACAACGGUGUGUCGCGCAGCCGGAGGAGCCGUAGCAGGAGCCAUGGUCGUUCAGGCACGCGCGAAAGCAAAACCCAAGCAGGCAGCAAGCGGUCGCGGGACAUGGAUGUCUACCAAGCAGGAGGCAGACGAGGACGGAAAGACCGAUGUUGAGGCCUGCUCCCACGAGGUAAAGAGCCAGCAUGUAUGAGACAUCAGGGAAGACGAUGAAGAGACAGUAGUCAUACCCACAUACAAGAGGAGGCGGCGGAGGCAGUGCACAUAUAUGAAAGGGCCGUUCUGGAGGAGAUGGCCAUUCUUGGUACGUUCGAAGCGGCUGCUAGAUAUAGAUACAUGGCACCGCGCAGAUAUAGAAACGGAUAUGUUUAGAGACCCAUUGGAGGAAUAUGCGAGGAACGCAGUGAAGAAGCGGACGGUCGGCGCCGCGGCGCCCGAGUAUGCGAAGAAGACGCUGAGGUCGAAGAUCGUCUUCUUCGACGACCUCAAUGAACAUGAGCAACAGCGUAUGAAAAAGAAGUUUAUCACGUCGCGAGCGAGCGCAGCAGCCGAGAUAGGCUGCAUCGCGGACAGGCACGCGUUACAGGCAUCUCUAUAUAGGGUGCAUGAGGAGAUCCUUUUUUGACGGAAAAGAAGGGGAGCACGCCCGCCCAGUCACCGCCGUGACGAACCGCGCAGGGACGCCGAUGUGCGGUCGCAGGGAGGGGUCGUGGGGCAGCGUGAGUAACACGAAAUAGAUAGAAUUGGAGAGGUCCCAUUUAGAUAAGUGGGUACGGUCACCGCAGCGGGCACGGGUUCACCGCCCACGCGGAACGGACACACCGGUGUUGAGAGCCCCGGCCAUACGGACGCGCGCAGGACGAGCACCGCGGCCCGAAGGCGUUGAUGGGCAGUGUAAGCGCUGCCCAUCCGCCCUCGUUGCCGCGCGCAGGUAAGGUGCGGCCGGCGGCUGCAUAGAGCAGAGGAUGGGCGGCACGCGGGGGAGUGUUCGGGUGAGAGCGUGCGGCGGAAAUGAAUUAGAAUGAAGGUUUGGAAAGGAACAACGUAGCGCAGUAGAAUGCGCCUUUUCCCCAUUAAACCCAACAACAACAUCGGUCCGUCAGGAAGGUCCCUAGCGCCCUUACAUCGGUGUCCAUAGUGACAGAUGGUAAGAGCGCCCGAGGGCGUAGCACGUGUGAGGCGUUCGGGCCGCGCGCGAACUAAUAAUAAUAAUAAUAAUUUUUAGUAGAGCUAUUGUAGGAGUACGUUGUUCUUUUGCACUGUUCUCUCUGCUUUGAAGCUUAGCAUAAUUGUAAUGACACGAUAAGCAUAUUUACAUUAAGAAAAAAAGAAAAUGGAGGGUGCAGAUGCAGUUUGAUUAUAUGCAGAUUACCUCUAAGAGCAUGCAUGGGAUCGCUGGCUCACGACGGAAAAUCCCGACACCAAGCAAGACGAAAAGCGACCGCGUGACAAGCGCAUUCGCGUCACUACCUUCCGAUGGCGCGAGGAGAACGCGCAGCUGGCAGGCCGGGGCGUGGACGAUAAGAACGAGGAUAGAUUUCGAGAACUCUCGCCGCAGGAUAAAACACAUAAGCCGGUGCUACGACCCGUCGGAAAUUGGGUGUGUACAGAGGACAUUUAUGUCAGUAAAGAAAAAGAAUAGGGAAUUAUAUGUAUAUUAAGAAUGUUUUUUUGUUUUCUAGUUAGGUGUGCUCCACCGAUAUAUUAAGAAUGAAAUAUUUUGAGGUAUGGAGGUAGCUAGAAAAUGGAACGGGGAUGCGAAGUGGAGUUUGUACGCGAAGUGGAGUACAUGAACUGCGACUUAUGCACCACUGUAUGUAUUGCUCAAGAGAUUCUUCUUAAUGCAAGAACUAGAAUAAUAGCAAAUACGUCCUCACUAAGGUAUACUUGCAAACCCAAAGAAACGAGGGAGUUUCAACCUCUACGGUAAGAACAAGCGUGAGAAGCCGCUUGUGAACGGCAAUACCAUCGCAAAUGGUCACGCUGAUGGAAAAGAAAACCACCUGGCGUCGUUUCUGCAACGCGGCGAUUCCAUGGAUGCUCGCGGUGGUGCUUUCCGCAUUGCCAAUGGAUCCGCCGCCACGCUGGUCGACCAGACGCUCGACGAGACCUUACUUCUGGUCCUCUCCGGAUUCACUGUUGCUUUUCUGUUGUUACGACAAUGUAGGUGGAACUGCAACUGUAAUAUUUUUAACCACACAAGGACAACGUAGGUUGUAGGUGGAACUAUGCAGCAUAUCUAAAUGAAUGUAUCUAUAUUCUUAGCCAUACACAACUACAAGGACAACGUAACUGAAACUAUAUUUUUGACCAGACACAACAUAGAGAUAGAAGAUCCUAGGCCUGUUAUUGUUAAGCUCGCGACAGCUUAGCUGGGACUGGGGCUUAUACACAUAGAGGGCAUUUCCCUUAGAAUGGGACCUCCCUUAGACCCGGAGCCACUUAUACACAUAGAGCUGAUGCUGGAACUGAAUACAUACUAGCACUUUUUCUUUUUGCUCCUCUUCAAUCUGUCGUGAGAUAAAGGCGCUCGCCUGCUAUUUUUCUCGUCACAUAUCUAAUACUAAUACUAACGGUCUAUCUACUAGUAUGUUACGGGUCGGUACACCUCUCGGUGUCGUUGGGAGACACUGCUUUUCGUCCGCAGAGAGUACUAGUAUUUCAACCUCCUCCAAAGGAACAAUGCGUCCAGCAAAGAGCCUCUCGUAUAAGCGACACGCUUUUCUACUACAACGUUUUCAUUUAAGUAGUCUUCAUCAUUGUUGUCUAAUCUUGGCCUUCGGUGUGGUCUGGGUGGCCAAGACACGAAUGCGCGCCUAUCAAAGACUGCAAGAAGAUGGUGAUGGCGAUUGCGCGACGUUAGAAGUUGUUGUUGCGUCUACGCAGCAGGGAGCUUCCUUCAGUACGAAUUAGAUCUUGCCUCGAUCUUACCUCUUGUCAGGCACAUCAGUUUGAUCCGGUGCUGGAAAAGGGGGAAUCGGCAGUACGGUUCUGGAUAGUGUAUGAGCAAAGAUGAGAUAGUUAUAUAUUUUAUAGUUGUUAUUUACUAGAGAUAUCAACUACAAUCAACGAACAUGAAAAAUGCUCAUGCAACAUUUCUAGCAACUACCAGAGAACAAAUUCUCAUUGUUAGCAUCAAUUGUGUAAUUGAUUAAUAGGGAAGCAGCAUCUACAUGCUCUAGUAACGAAAAAAAAAAAGAGUCAGAAGGUGUGAAUGGUCGAGAAACUACAGGGAGGCCGCCAUUUGAUUCUCUUUGAUAUGUAUCUGGAACGAUCACGAGGAUGAGGACCAUUAUUAUGAUAUCCUAAUCUAUUUAAUGACUAAAAUCAUGUUGUUGAUGACACCAUACUCAUAGGUCUAAGAUUUGAUGAUACAACCAAAUAGCUCCAAUUAGAUCAGCUAAUCUAUGUAAAUCUAAGGGAAUAAUUAUAUUAUAUCAAUCAUAGUUCCAAGAUCAUGAACAAAAGAUAUUAGAGUGACGAUUGAAUUACACUUACAGAUCAUGAGAAAAUAAUAAUAGCAGUAGAGUGACAAUUACACACGCUCCUGAUACAUCAAUCACAAUCUAUCAGAGUAGACUGAGCGCGUCAGAAGAAGUAAGUCAUCACUUACACAUAUAACCAGCAUACCAAGACAGCCAGCGACAUUGAUCUUCAUAUCCAACGACGUAAUCUAUCAUACGAUAGAAACUGAAAGAACAUCAUACUAAAAAUUUUCACAUGACUAUAUCAGGUGAAUGACCUGUCAUGUAGACAACUUCAGCAUCAAUGAAAACGAAGUUGGUACAUCUACCACUACUAGCAUCAAAAUCAAUUAUGAAAAUGAAAAAAUGCAAUUCAUCAGGAAAAAACUCAUCAAACAGAAAUUAUAAUACCGGAAAAGAUAGUUGUGUAAUUAAACUUGUAAAUUAUAAGAUGAGCCUUGGAGCAGAAUGAACAGCGCAUAGAGCAUGGACAGCCUGGGUCAGUCUACGUCUACUUGUAAAAGUGAACAAGCAACAACAUCACAACUUGAUGUCUUUGUCAGAUGGGUGAUCACAACUACAACCUUGCACACCUGUAACAAAAAGUCCUUGUAUUAGUAUUUACUUACUUAUUUGUGAUCCACUACUACAACAUAUCAUCGUCCUUGUACAAAUGAGAAGUUUCUGCAUCUACUAGUCAGUGUUGCAAUGAACUGUAUUUAUUAAGUGACGGUUAUGGGAGACACCGAGACCGACACCAAGCACACCGAUGCCACAAAAAAUGUCUUAGCAGCAAUAGCUAACUACUUCUAGGGCACAAGCAAUAUACACGUCGGGUCUUGAUUGUCAAACUGAGCAUUAAUUGACUUUGGGAAAGAUACUGCUACUUACAACAACAAUUUAUAAACAACACACAAGGCGAAUGCGAG